CAUUUAAAAAGGAGACAGUCAGGCGCUGCUGCAAUUUGUAUUAAAACCUCAGUCUCUUUCUAUGGAAUCCUUAGCGACUCCAGACUACCAACAGCGCGAGCCCCCUCUGCAAUACUACAGUCUCCACCAUUAGCUGCCUCUUGCCUCGGGACACUUCAUAAAGAACACCCACCACAGAUCAUUUCAUUUGCAGCUACUUUGAGCUUUUGACAGGAUGGCCAGAUCGGCGUAUAUCCUCUGUGGCAUGGUUUUCAUCCUUGGGCUACUCUCAUAUACAGUGGCCUCCAAAAGGAACAGGGGCUCCCAAGGCGCCAUCCCUCAUCCUGACAAAAACAACCCAAACGAAUCGGAGCAGCAACCACAGGCACCGCAGGCGGGCUCUGGUUCCCGAAGACGGGAAAAGAGUUCUGCUGCACCGGCUGAGGAGGUGCUGGAGUCCAGCCAAGAAGCGUUGCAUGUCACUGAGCGCCGCUAUCUGAAACGCGACUGGUGCAAGACACAGCCACUUAAACAGACCAUCCACGAGGAGGGCUGCAUCAGCCGCACUAUCAUUAACAGGUUCUGCUAUGGACAGUGUAAUUCUUUUUACAUCCCCAGACAUGUCCGCAGGGAAGAGGGAGCCUUCCAGUCUUGUUCGUUCUGCAAGCCGAAACGAUUUACUACCAUGACUUUCACUUUGAACUGUCCGGACCAGCAGCCGUCCACCAAGAAGAAGCGCAUCCAGCGCGUAAAGCAGUGCCGCUGCAUCUCCAUAGACUUGGACUAGCCCUGUGAUUGACUGGGAUGCGGCCAAUUAGUCUCCUCAUCAAACAAUUAUUGGAUUGUUCACAUGAAGGAUAAUCACCGUAUGUCUGGGAGCAUUUUUCCCUGUUCCAAAUAUGAGAAAAUGUUCAAUCUGCAAGGAACGUAAGAUCAGACAGACAUGUGCAGCAUGUUGUAGGCUUCUGUAGAUAUACUUGGGCAUAUUCUUUUGUAAACAAGGACUGCUGUACCAUGUCAUUUUCUGCGCAUAAUUGCCUAUUAAUCUAAUUGCAAUAGCAGCCUGUGGCGAGCAUCGUUGCAUGGUAUAAUGACAUGGAAUGAACACAACAAUCUGCUGAUUGACUUGUAAACAAGCGCACGGCUUUUCCAACCUCAAAUAGGACUGCAAAACCUUUUCACACAGUUUUUACACUAUUUUGGACAGAGACAGCAAUAGGCUAUCAAAACCAAUUUCAAUGGGGGGAAUAGGACAGAAAAUGCGUUUAUAUAAUUAAUGGUUGACGAAUAGAUAGUUUCCACUAUGUGGAAUUUGAAAAAAGGUAACGACUAUUUAAUGUGGCAAGAAUGCUCCACUGAUUUAUUUGUACUCCAAUGUUCAGUGUUAUAGUGGAGAACGGAGAGCUUUUGUAAAUCUAAAAAAAAACGAAAUAUCUGUAUUAGUUGGACAUGGAAAUGAAAAUGUUCGAUGUAGGCCUACAUACUUGUUUAUAAUGCUGUAGAUGGAAGCUUUUCCUUUAGUUGUCAAAUGUUAUUCAUACACGAAUUGUAUAUGCAACCAGUUUGAUAGUUCUAUCAGAGCAACUGAUCCACAAAAUAAACAGAUAUUGACAUUGAUGCAGUGGUCACUGAACCUGUUCGCUUUUUGCUUACAUUGUUCAUGUCUGAACAUUUCAGCGUCAGGGUUGACACCACCGAUGUGAAAUGGAUCGUUAAUUAACCCACACCCAAACUGCAAAGACUCCGAUUUCAUGCAUAGCAUUUUUAUGUAUCAGGUUUAACCCUAAACACCAAAUAAAAACAUAUUCUCUAGUGAUGGGUUAUUUUCUUCUUGCUUGGAGCCAACCUCUUGCUGGGACUUUUGUACGUUCCUUAGACCAUUGGAUAUAUUUCGUCGUAAAACCAAUAUAAUUUAUGAGAAAAGACCACAAGAAACGCGAUUACAUGUUAGAUUCAACAACUUUUUCAAUAACCCCUUCAAACGAUGUUAUCGACGUUUACAAUAGGAUCUCCCCUGGCUCCCAAAUCUGUCAAAGGCCCAUGUUUUUGUGGGGACACUGAUGCUAAACAGGGCUUACGCAUUUGUAAAACCAUGGCUCCCUUACGGUUUCUUGUUCGGAUGGUACAGGCCUACAUGGCUCUCUAAAAAUAGAUACAUCAACCAAUCAAUAGCCUUCUUUAAAAAUUGAACACCGAUCAAAGUUUUCUUUAUCAAUGAUUUAUUGUCGAGUUGUUUUAGCCUCUUACGCAUUUGGGACUUCAGAGUUGUUUUGUCAGUUGCGUGGCUCUGCUUCGAUUUACCCUUGCCAGGUCUUCAUUGUACCGAAUGUAGUGCUGACAUAAUCAAGUUUGCGCCUUCAUUGGCACAUGCAGCGAAGUGUAAUAGGCUAAAAGUCAUGUAUAUAGAAGUUGCGUGUUUCUAUCCAUUUCUAUCGAUUUAACUUAGGUGCACUUUCUCUCAUUAUUAUCGUGCU